UAUACAUUCGUCACGUAGGGAAAAAUGACGUCAGACUUGAAUUUAUUGACAAAACAUUGCUGAAAGAGGGACAACGCUCAAAAAUAUCUUUGUGGAGAAUUUUACAUUGAACAAAAAUAUAUAAAAAUAAACAACAUACAAUUAAUCUUUAGAAGCAUCAAAGUGAGAUAAAGUUCUUGCCUUUUUCUUUGCUGGAAUGAAAAGACAACAACCUUAGCUCCAGUGAAACCGUUGGCCUCUUCACAGAGGACGUUAUGACAUCUACGACGUCGACGACUCAAGACUUAGCGGCCAUGUUGGCCAACAUGUCUGCUGCUUCGCUAUUUGUUGGGGAAUUGCUGCCACAUGUCAAUGAGGUAAUACUGUAUAAGAAGUUUGCGCCAAUGGGAACUGUGACGUCCGUGAAGCUGUGCCGUGACUGGGUGACGGGAAAAUCUCUGUGUUAUGCUUAUGUGAAUUUCGAGAAUCCAGCCGAAGCCGAGAAGGCCUACCGUUCUUUGAAUUACGAGCUACUGGAAGGGCAGCCAAUGAGAAUCAUGAAGUCUACCCGAAACCCUUGGCUUCAGAAAGGUGGAGACUGCAGUUGCUAUCACCAUCACUGCUGCAACAACACCAAAGGCUUUGUUGACGCUAAGACAAUUGUGGAGGCUAUUGAAACCUACGGCUUUUCUUUCAAGAACAUUGGUCUUCAGGACACGGGUGAAACCAAGGCGCCAACUGGCUAUAAAUAUUCAAGUGAGUUUUUGAAACGCAUGAACAAUGCCACCAAUCGCUUCACGAAUGUGUUCAUCAAAAACUUUAAAGAUCUUCUGGACGACUUCAAACUUUGGAAGUUGUGUAAACAGUUUGGCGAGGUGACGAGUGCAAAGGUAAUGCUUGAUGAGUAUGGAAUUUCUAAGGGAUUUGGUUUUGCAUGUUUUACUGACUCAGAUGCGGCCCAGCGGGCGGUGAAUAAAUUGAAUGGUCUGGUGUUAGACGGACGUACACUGUACGCAGGGCCAGCGAUGACAAGGACACAGAGACAGAGGGACUUUAACUACAGAUACGAUAAUGAUGAUUAUAAAAAUGAUUGGCGUCACAAUACCAACAAUGCCACUUUCUCCUGCUCGCCUCGUAUUUGUAUACGGAACCUUCGAGACAUUGUAGACGAUAUAAGACUGAGGAAAGAGUUUGAACGGUUUGGUCCAGUAUUACAUGCUGAGCUUUUAAAGACUUAUGACGGAAGAUCAAAGGGAAUUGGUUAUGUUACUUACAAAGAACAGACAGACGCUACGAAAGCUCUGAAUUCGAUGCAUGGAAAGGUCAUCUACGGGACUCGCAUCAGCGUGACAUACUCCCACAACUACCCCAACAUUUCCAGCAACAACGUGGCAGACAACGCGCUGACCUCGGGCAACAGUAGUUUGGGUGGAACAGGUGGUAGCAGCACCGCCAAUCCCGUCACCACUACGAACACCAGCAACGACGGUGACAAUGCCACCAAGAAUUUACUUCAGCUUAAAGACUUGGUCAGCACCUUGGCCAACAAGGGACAUCCGGUAAACAUCAAUGACAUCAGUAACUUCAAUGGCGGAAACAGUGUAAAUCGGAACUCAAGUAAUAACAUUGACAACAUCAACACGAGUAACAACGCCAUCUUGGCAAUGUCCGCCCGUAAAGCAGUGGACCAAGCAGAGGGAACUGAGAACGGCGACGUCGCUAACGGCACCGAGCAGAAAAGGAGUGAACAGGACGCCAGCGACGAUACGACGGGCACGACGGCAACGCUUUCUGUGAAGAACCUGGAUGAGUCGAUCACUGACGAGAAGCUGGAAAGUCUAUUUAGUGUCUAUGGAAAUGUCUUGUCCGCUAAGGUAAUAUCCAACGAGUUUGGAACCUCCAAAGGCUUUGGGUUUGUGAUUAUGUCGGAUGCACAAGACGCUGUAAGGGCCAUCAAGAACUUGGACGGUAGGAUCGUAGUCAACAGGCCCGUAUAUGUGGCUCCAACAGCCCAAGCCAGGGCUCUGACUAAAGCGUAAUGCAGUCGCAAAGAAAUCGAAUUGUAACCUUGGGGCGAAAUGGAUAACACGUGGAGCACCUUAUGGCGCCACAAACUAGAAAGCGCCAAAGAUGCUCUAAUUUUAUUUACUUGGCUCUGCCUGUCUAUAAUAAUUUAGGUCUUUGAAAAAUCCUUGAGCUAUCCAUCACGUCAUUCCUUGUGUUGUCCCAGACAUCAAGUGAGAACAAAACAAGAGAACGUAACCAAGGGAAUGAACCUGGCUCAGUUGUUGAUUCUUCCUAGUUUUGACUUGUGAAAGUAUACAUUUACCCAGAGAACUCUUCAUUCUUUUAGUUCUCUUUCUAUGCAUCGUUUUCCCAUUUCCCAUGUUCAUCCAUCCCGUUUUGUUACUUGAUUUCAAUGACUAUAUUCUCUAUAACUGACAAGUGUCCGUAAGACGUUAGUACUGUGUAGUCGGGGAAGACAUUUUGUUUCUAAUGUAAACUGUGGGGGGGGGGGGGGGAGCUGUAAAACACGGCAGCUCUUGUUAUGUGCUUUGUCCAUUUGUUAUGCAUCCUAAAGUCAACUAGUUGUAGUGUCCGUUUUUUUAAAGAGCCUAUUUUGUGGUUAUGGACAUAUCCUACACGAGAGUCAAUUGUAUUUGUAACAAUAAAGGCGUUGAUUACAUUUUCCUACUGAA